UUGCUUUUGUUGCAAGACAACACACGGCUAAGGAAACCCUUUCUUCGGCCAGUCUUUCUUCCUCUUGUGUAAAUAGGGAGGAAGUAGAAGCGUUUGGAGUGAAAACAAAAAUAAGUCUUCUCCCUUUCCCUACCAAUAGGUUCUUCUUAAUUUCUUCCUCUUUAAUAUUGUUAUAGAUUUUUUGUUCUUAAGUUUCCUUUUCAGGAACGAAAUCAAGAUGAGCAACGAAUACGAUUACCUCUUCAAGCUCCUGCUGAUCGGAGACUCUUCUGUCGGGAAGUCUUGUCUUCUGCUCAGAUUCGCGGAUGAUUCGUAUGUGGACAGCUAUAUCAGCACGAUUGGUGUGGAUUUCAAAAUCAGAACUGUGGAACUGGAUGGGAAAACGAUCAAGCUUCAGAUUUGGGAUACUGCAGGACAGGAACGGUUUAGGACCAUAACCAGCAGCUACUAUAGAGGGGCUCAUGGAAUCAUUAUUGUUUAUGAUGUUACCGAGCAAGAGAGUUUUAAUAAUGUCAAGCAAUGGCUCAAUGAGAUUGAUAGAUAUGCAAGUGAUUCUGUAUGCAAGCUUCUUGUUGGAAACAAAUGUGAUUUGGUUGACAACAAGGUUGUUGAAACAAGCACCGCGAAGGCCUUUGCUGAUGAGCUUGGAAUUCCCUUUCUUGAAACAAGUGCCAAAGACUCAAUUAACGUUGAGCAGGCCUUCCUAACAAUGGCUGGUGAAAUCAAGAAGAGAAUGGGAACUCAGACUAGUGCAAACAAGAGUGGCCCAAGUUCUGUUCAGAUCAAAGGGCAGCCAAUUCAGCAAACAAGCAACUGUUGCAGUUGAAUCGCCCUUGUGUAUUUUACCAUCCUUGUGGUCCUCAUCCUUGAUAUGUAACCUGGAUCUGGGGUUUGCUAGUUUUAUUGCGUCUAACUGUUCUGUGUUCUGGGAAACUGAAUUAUGUAAAUUGUGAAGAAACUUUCAUAUGAUUUUUUUAAGAUUUCUAAAGUUUUAAGCCA